GACCUGAAAAUAACCUAUAAAAUGCCUAAAAUGGCAAUGACUUUAAACAAAAGAAUUGAUCCUUUAAAGGCGACUGGUUUCGCUUCGUAAAUGGAUAAUGAUAACAUAACACAGUACAAACAAUGAAACAAUAAAAAUACCAUAUGGAAAUCGAAUUAAAAUCGAUAACACAUGAAUACAAUCAAGUGUAAACAUUUCUCUAAAUAAUUUGUGAAUAAAAUAUAUUUCGAUAAAUCUCAAUCAUGAUUUCGAUAACAAAUCUAUAUUCGAGAACUACCGUCAAGAAACAAGUGUUGAUAAAAAUGUUGGCAAAAAUCAAAUUGAAAACUUUUCCAUAACAAAUGGUAGUGACAUAACAAAAGUUUUGAAAAAUAAAAUAAUAUCAAUUAUUGAAAUAAAAAAGAAAAAAAAAAAAAAAUAAAACUCACUUAUCGAAAUUGAAAAUCUAACUCAUAUGUUAUUGACAAUGAAAACCCUACAACAGACCACCAUGCAAAACGAUAAAUUGACGAUAACAACAAAACGUUCGGAUUCUGUUAAGCAAUUUCAAAGUUUAUCGAUAAAUGCAAAGGAGUUUAAACCUUUGCCAAAGGCGGAGGCAAACACCAUAGACAAUACAAUGAGGGGUGGUGAUUUGGAGAGUCCCCUACCGCAUACCAGCAAAAAAUCUCUUGCAAAUUCUCUGCAACAAAAACCAAAACCAAUGCGCAUAAUGAGACGCGGCGAUCGGUUAAUCGAUAGCAUGACGUCUUCAAAGAGAAAUCCGGUGACCUCAAAUUCCAUGGGGAGCAAAGAGAAUUUUGCCCAAACCGAAAUGGAACUUAUCAAGAAUCUGUGUGACGUUUCAACGGAAAGGGAGAGUAGAGAAACGAUAACACACGAUAAUGGAAUUAUCGGAAAUGGCAUUGACCACGUAACUGGGGAUACUGAGGAUGAUGUGAAUGUAAAUUUUGUAAAGGACUCUCUGGCUGGGGCAGCUUGUGCCAAUGUAAAUAUAGGUAUACGAAAUUCCUGUGAUACUACUUACAAUGUUAUCGAUAAAUCGAGUGGUGAAUGUAACGAUAAUUGUUUGUGUUUUUCGAAUGAGACAAAUGCUGCUGGGAUUGUAGUGGUGGUGAAGGAGAAUGGCUUUGGCCUGGAGGUUGACAAUAAUCGAGAAAAUGAUAUCGAUAAUGGAGAUAUCGAUAAUGAAGAUAUCGAUAAUGGAGAUAUCGAUAAUGGAGAUAUCGAUAAUGAUGAUGAUAUCGAUGACCGUGAUCUACCCAAUUAUUCACAGAGUUGUAUAUACGAACAGAGAAUUAUAGACUUUGAAAAUUUCCGCAUCAUUGAACAGGUUAUCGAUAGCAAUUGCAAUGGCAACCAUGGACCCGAUGAGGUCGAUAAAUGCUGCAGUAGUUUUGAGAAAUUUGGCCACCAGAGAAGUACAAAUGGUCCGGCAUCCAAUGACAAUGACAAAUGGCAGGAAAUAUUUAAAAUUUUACCUGAUAGCCUUAAAGUUCAAAGGGGUGGUGGGGCAGAGGAGCCGCUGCCUACAUCCUCCAGCAAGGAUAACCGAACGAAGCCUCUCAAGAGAGUUGGCAGCAAUUUGUCAGAUAACUCCCUGAAAUCGCUGGACAAACAUCCGCUCUACACCAAUCCUUCGAUAAAUUUUUCCUGUUCCGAAUUGGUGGCAUUUAUCGGUGAUAGUUUCAAAGUUAUCGAUAAUGCCCAGGCGGUGUAUAACAAUGAGCCCAGAGAGAUUAAAGAAUUCGUUCCUCGCCACAUGGCCAAGGUGAAGGCCAAAGAAUCGUCUUCGGUGGGCAAUUCGCCGUUUCGUCGCGGGAAACGUUCAACGUGUGCGGCGAAUUCGAUAAGCGCAAAUCGCCAGCCGAUAAGCGGUAAUCGUACGGUUGAUGAUAACAAUAAUACGCGUCGGUUUUCGGGAAUCUCUGCGGCGGAACGUUUAAUGCAGAGUCUCAACUGUGAUGUGUCCAAAGAGUUGGCUACGAAAAAUCGUAAAGCGAAGGGGAAUCGUGGCCAUUUGGCCCAGGAGAAGCCCUCUACGUCCACGGCGACAAACAAAACCCUGUUGAAGGCCUUGAAAUCGAAGUUGACUCCCCUGGCCCCACCCUUUCAGCCUUCAUCGCAGACAAAAGCUCAAAUUGAGGCGGCCAUUAUUGCCAAUACCCAUGGCGAGGGGUAUGCCAAUGGUGCUGUCAACCUGGCCUCCUCCUCAGCGGCCACUUCGCCUCCCAAUUCUUCCACAUAUUUGAAUUAUGAGCAGACCACCACCACCAUUUACUAUCAACAAAAUCCACAGCAGCAACAACAACAACAACCACCACAAAUAAUGGCCAGUAAUGUGUUGAUGAAUUUCCCACCUAGCAACCUCCAGCAGCAGCAGCAACAACCUGCUGUACAACCAGCACAAGUUUUCAUACCUCCCACCCAUCAACAACAUUGUGCUCAAAAUUUGCUGGCCCUGAUGGGCCAGGGUAUACCUCACAUACAUCUACCCCCUUUGGGGGGUGCAACAGGUGCCACCACCACCCCUGCCACCUCUAAUAUUGGCGGUGGUAAUGCAACAACGGUUCUCAAUCUUACCUCAAAUUCUUCAAAUGCCAAUCCAGCUCAUCUCAGCACUCAUCUCUUGCCCAUACAAUUGAUUUCCACAAUGAAUGGAGAACUGGCCGCCUGGCCCCUGGUGGAUGGCUCGACGGGCACGGCAAAUGCAACACCCGUUUAUAUGGACCUCAAUGGGGAGCUUCACUCCAUUUGUCCAGCUCAUGGACCACCACCCAGUGCUGUGGCUCUGGGAGCAUCCACUGCUUCCAAUAAUCUCCCCAGCCAUCAUCCACCCCUGGCCGCCAUAGGAAAUCAAACAGCAUCCGUUGUGGCGGGCACAUCCUCGUUAGCCUUGGCCACACCUGCAGGAAUUGUAAAUUCUUACAAUUCCUUGCCAUAUACCAACAUAACAUACCAACAGCCGCACACCCAUCAUCACCACUCCCACCAGCAGCAGCAGCAUCAACAUCAACAACCACACUCCCAUCAACAGCUCUUAAGCCUACAUGCUUCCUCGGCCCCCUCUCAUCACUAUCACCAACCGACUCCAUGUGCCACAGCAGCAGUCCAACCACCACAAACAUUGGCAUUGGCUAAUUCUCCUCUAAGAAUCAAAUCCAAUUGCAAUUUUGUGUCAGCUCAACAAUCUUCACCAUGCUCGGCGGCGUUGGCGGCUAAUUCAGCAGGACAAUCAUCAUCAGCAUCAUCAUCCACCUCGGCGGCCACAUCGUCCUCUUCACCACCGCGAGUGGUGCUACAACUGGAUGCAGGUGUCUCGCUGCCAUUGCAGAUAGCCGGCAAACGCAAAUUAAUUCAAGGUAUGUGCCCGGACAACUACAACGAUGUUUAUAAUGGUCCUACAACUGUACAAAUGGUUUCACAGAAUCGUCCCCCACCACCGAUGACAGUGCCCGUACAGGUGCCUCAGGGUCAGAUGGUGCAGCCGUAUGUCAAUGAAAGUGGCACAUUGACACAUGUGGUAUUGUCACCGCAACAAUAUCAGCAGCUACAUGCCGGCCAAGGACACAUACAUCCAUCAUUUAUUGCUAAUGGCACAACCCAUUAUUAUGCCCCCAUGCCAAAUGGCUUUCAACCUGGCAGCGGAGCGGCGGCGCCUUAUCCUGUUAAUCCGCAUGGUCAUAUGACGGCGCCACCGCCACCACAUCAACCUGCUACACCCCAACCUCCUCCGCCGCAUCAACAACAAAUGACCAAUAUAACAAAUAAUACAGCGCCACAACAACAGCACUCACCAGUUUCACAUUCCGCCAAUCACUCGCCAUCACCACCUAAUAAUAACAAUAAUUAUCACAAAGAUGAAAGGACACAAAGACAACAUUCGAAAUUGCUAAAGAAAUUGGACAAACAACGAGGGGAGUACAAUUCAGCUGUUUCUUCGCCCAAUCAUUCGCCAUCACCCAGACGCCAGGAGCCACAAAUAAAUGGUCACAACAAUGGACGGUCACAACAUGCCAACAACAAUCAUCAGCAGCAGCAGCAACCACAUCAACGUAAAUCCCAUCAACAGCGUAAUGGCAAUUUUCCUUAUAACAGUAAUAACAACAACAGCAACCAAGGUGCCUCCUCUUCCAAUGCCUCGUCCGAAGAAGGCGAAGACCUAACAGCAAAUGGCUUGUCCCCCGACCAUGAAGAGGAAGACUGUCAAGCCUCAAUUGUGAAACAAUUAUCGGACAUUCAAAAACCCGAAGUAAACGAAAUUACACCCCGAUCCGCCAAAAUCAUGUGGGAUAUACCACAAAGCAUCAAUGAAUCGGCCUCCCAUCUCAUCAAUUUGGAAGAGUUACGCUAUAGAGUCCUCCUAAGUGAAGGUACAAAAGAAUUUAAAAGUUUCUACGAAGGUUCCUCAUUCGAUUGUGUCAUACACGAUCUGAAGCCGGGUCAGGAAUACAGGGUGCAGGUGCAGGUACACUAUGAACAUUUACAGGGUGAUCCCUCAGAACCCCUGAAAUUUUCCACACCAGCCUGUGAACCGGAAAGACCCAUGGCACCGAGAGUGGUAACGGUUAACAAGAACUCCUUGCAUCUGCGUUGGAAUAACACCCUGUGCAAUGGUUCACCAAUUCAGCAUUAUCUGCUGGAAUAUGAUGAGGGUCGAACCGGACCCCUGACUGCUGAAAAAUCCAUUAAUUUUGUAGAGGCUGUGAAAACCAAGGGUCGGCAAUACAUUGUAACCAAGUUGCAACCCUCCACACUGUACCACUUCCGCCUGGCGGCCGUUAACGAAAUUGGACCCUCUCAAUAUUCACCCAUAUGUUCAUAUAGUACCCAAGGUAAUCCUCCAGCAGCCCCCAAACCACCCACCCUACAAUCGUUCAGCUCUUCCUCGCUGCGUUUACUUUGGGAGAAACGCCAAACGGAUGGUGCCACAUGCAUUUACAUUCUACAAAUGUUGGAUCGUGAAUCGGGCCAUGGUUAUUUGAAUGUCUACAAUGGACCCGAUUGUUCGUAUGAAUGUUGUAAACUAAGAAGGGCCACCCUGUAUAACUUUCGUCUGAAGGCCGAAAAUGAAUCGGGGGCCUCAGCAUGGUCUCCAGAAGUUUCCUACAAAACGGCACCCGAAAGACCCGGACGACCGGGUAAACCAUAUGCCAAGGGUAAAAUUCAUGGCACUCAUUUUCGUGUACGCUGGGAACCACCCUCCGACAAUGGGGGCGCAGAAGUCCUGCGUUAUUAUCUCGAAAUUAACCCGGGUGGCCAGAAAUUCGAGAGAAUUUACUCUGGUGCUGAGUGUGAGACAAACUGUGAUCGCUUGCAGCCCGGCACCACCUAUCAACUGAGAGCUUCCUGCGAGGGUCCCGGUGGAUUUAGUCCCUAUUCGGAGAUUAGUCACAUAACCUCUGAAGCUGUAGUACCUGCUGCUCCGCCUGCACCCUAUUACGAUACUGCGCCAGGACCUUUUGCUGCCGUCAUACGACUGGAGAAGCCUGAUUACAAUGGCGGAGCCCCCAUACUAGAGUACGAAGUACAAAUUCGCCGGCCAGGUGACCAAGAGCCACCCACCUUGGCUUAUAGGGGCAAGGAUGACUAUUGUGUGGUGAAUGCCCUGCAACCGGGUUGCCAAUAUGAAGUGCAAGUGAGGGCGGUGAAUCGCAUAGGGGCCGGAGCCUGGUCACCUUGGUUUGAGUUCUCCUCGUCGGCAGCCCCACCCAAUAAUCCUGAAAAUCUUAAGGUCAUUAUAAAGUCAGCCACUCAACUGCAUGUCACCUGGCAGGAACCGGCUAAUAAAGGCGGAGCUGCCAUAUCGGAAUAUCGAUUAGAGAGUGCCACGGGUAAUGCCAGUUCUACAAAGGAAGAAGCCAUCCCCGAACCCCCGCCAGCAUCAGCAUUCCAUAUCUGUUACCAGGGUCUGCAAUGCAGUACAGAUUUGAGGAAUUUGCUGCCCUUUACAAGAUACUACUUCCGUGUAAAUGCCUGCAAUGUGGCUGGCAUGAGCAAAUGGUCACCGAUUAUCAAUUGCCAAACACCGGCAGCAGCCCCUUCACCGCCACAAAUCAAAGACUUUGAAUUCACCUCAAAUGAAGCCACUUUACGUUGGUCCGCCCCCGAAAGCAAUGGUUCACCGAUCAUUAACUAUACCAUUGAAUACAACAGUGCCCCCUCAAAUGUAACCACCAUAACUACACCGGACGAGAAAACCGAAUACACGGUUAGUAAUUUGCAGCCGGAAACCUCAUACAAAUUCAAAGUACAGGCCAUUAAUGCCAUUGGUUCGGGUCCCUUCUCGGCCUAUGCCAAAUUAACUACGCUCCCCUCACCACCUGCCCCACCGAAACUGGAAUGUUCUGGUGUGGGUCAUAAUUUCAUUAAACUCAAAUGGGGAGAUGGCAAAAAUCUGGAUUUCACCAAAUUCUAUGUGGAAAUGUAUGUCCAAAGGGCCAAGGAAUUCCAGGUUGUCUACACGGGCACAAACUGUAUGUGUAAGGUGAAUAAGCUGCAAGAACGGACAUGUUAUACCUUUCGCAUCUGUGCGGGCAAUGAUCGUGCCGGAGUUGGUGAAUACUCGGAUGAAUAUGUUUUCACCACAACACCCUGUUUCCCGAGUAGCAUUAAGGCUCCUCGAAUUGCUCAAAAUCUCAAUGCUGCAACGCUGGGAGGAAAUACAACAGGUGCUGUGGCCACAGUGAAUACCAACACAACAAGCACAACGGCGGCGACCACCGCCUCUAAUGCCAAUGUCAUACCCUCAGGUCUGAUACCCGAAACACCAAGUUAUCCAACCGGUUUGGGUAAUCUAAUGUUGGGUGUACCCCUCACCCUGGAGUGGCAACACUCGAAGAACUCCUUCAGCGAUCGUGUGGAAUAUAUGCUGCAAUAUGCCAUUGGUAAAGAUGGUAAUUUUAAAAUGAUCUACCGUGGUAGUGAGACCAAAUUUACAAUUGAAAACCUUGAACCGGCUGGCCUUUAUCAAUUCCGUGUCUGUCCCAUACGUGUCACAAGUACUGGCGAAGAUUUAUUCGGUGCAUUUACAUCACCAUUCCGUUAUGUUGUGCCUCUGAUUCCACCGCUGGAGGAGAUAGAUGAUAAUCUGUUGACCAAUGCAGCGGCAACAAUGAUUGCUAGUCUAAAUGCGGCCGGUGCAAAUACAGAGGGUGGAGCCACAUGUCAUGGCCAUUCGCAUAAUCAUCAUUCCCAUUUGCACCAUCAUCAUGCCGUGCAUUCGCAUCACAAUAGCCGGCAUCACAGUGAUAAUAGUUUAGCAACAGCAUCCUCAACGGGUCUUCAUCAUCGUUCCGUUUCGGCCAACAGCAGCAGCAGCAGUGGCAAUAAACAUCAUAGUUCCGCAAAUAAUGGAAGUGGUAACUCUGCCACAACAGGCAAUAAUACCUUACUUAUAAACACCAAUGCCAUGGGUUUCAUACCGCUUGGUAAUGUCUCCAACGACUUGACAGCUGGCAAUUUUGGUGGUUGUGAUGAUCCCAAUCAUAAUCAUCAUCACCACCAUCAUCAUCAUCCACAUGCCUUCCAUGACAACAACAAUGGCAUUGCCAGUACACACCACCAUCAUAACGGUGCUGGUGCAUCCGGUUCCCAGGCAUCGAGUAAUACGGCCACUCUAUUGGCCGCCAGUGCCGCCAAUCAAUUGUUUGCCAAUAAUCCCAUUCUCUUGCAAGCAGCCACAGCAGCCAUAAGUCAUCAUCAGCACAUAUUGGAUAAUCAGCGACACCAGCAACAACAUCAUGGCAGUGUCAUUCGGCGUUUCAUCCAUCGUCUCAGUUCGGUGUAUACGAAUCGUAAACGUUUCACCGAUCAGGAGAAGGCCGUUAUUUUUAUGUUAUCCUUUUUAUUCUUUACAUUCGUAUUUGCCACUUUUGUCAAGAUGUUUAUGCGUUAGGCGAGGCGAAGCUGCUGCUGCUGUUUAUUCAACACCUGGGUUAUAUGUUGUCUGAUAUUUCACCAUCAUCGCCAUGAACGUACUCUCACAUCAGGUGGCUGCAAGGUGAAAUAUCAUAUGGACACCAAAAAAUUCCGGGAGAAGAUAUAAUCUAGGAGGCAACACCCCAUGGAAUGCCGCUCUAAGAUUUCUUUUCACCGAUGACAAAUAAAUUAUCAACAUGUUGGGAUUAUAUACUUAAGCAGUUUUGCUCUCUAUCGCUCGCUCAGCUAUGGUUUCAAAAGCAUUCCGUUUUGUGUGUGUGAGUGUGCUGAAAGCGGUCUUUAAGCAGAGAUUUAUCUCGAAUUACCUUUAAUCUUUGAAAUAAGAAAAAGACGCGGGAUCAGAGAAAUUUUAAAAUUUCAAUUCCGAUUUUGGAUGAUGACGUCACCAAUUUUGAAAAAUACAUGUCUCAAAGAAAAAUUAACAAAUUAUUAGCCGCCGGCAAAACUCACCCCAAUGGAUGUUUGAAGACCCACAACCUCCCUCACUUCGCCCUCCCAACAUAGUAAAUCAAGCCCAUAUGUCUCAAAACAACAAAAGUCUAUAGAGAAUAUAAUACAAUGAUGAUUUUAUUUAUAGUUAUUAUGAACACACACACACACACACACACAGACAGGCAACCAGACUUGUCUAUAAAAACACUAAAACAACAACAAAAUUUUUAAUUAAUUCAAAUAUAUUUUUUCUAAAUAAAAUAUAUUAUUGAAAUUUAUAGAUAUAUGAAAAAUUGAAAUAGUUAUAUUAUGCAUAGCGAAUAAGUACGAAACGAAAUAUAUAUAUACAUGCAAACAUAUAUAUAAUAUACAAAAAUAAAUAAAAAAAACAUCUAAGUGUUUCUAUGUAAAUGUGUAAAAUUUAACAAAAUAAAAACUUUAGCUUAAAUAAAAAAUGAAAAAUGAAAUAAUGCAUUUCCAUAAACAAAUAUCGAAGAAAGAAAAACCCCCAAAACAAGAUUAUGUAAAAAAUGUGUACGAAACUCUAAAACAUAAAAAUAAUGUACUAAAAAUUGUAUAAAUAUUUAGAAAAUUAAUUCUAAAAAAAAUGUAAACAUAUUAUAUUACUAUAUAUAUAUAUUAUCAAUUAUGAAAUUUAUAUAAAUAUCAAUAUAUUGUUUUUUUGAUUUUUUUGCAAUUCCAUAUUUAUCUAGCAACAUAUUCCAAUGCGUAUCUACAUGUAUUUUUUUUACAACAAUAUUUAGCUGCAUUUUAACUAAUUAUUUUGUGUGUUUCUCAAACAUACUUUUUAGCUAAACUAUAUAUCUAUCUGUCCAUGAUAACCAUGCAAUUAGUAAACCGAUUUCUUAUUUUUUUUUUCUUCGUCGCUCUCAACUGAACAUAAGAAAUAAAAAAACAAUUCCUAUCUACAUUAUAAGUGUAAAAUCUAUCGAAAUCAUAUAUCGAAAUGUAUAAACAAAAAAAGUGCUUUUCUUUAGUAAAAAUUUGUAAAAAAAAAAACAAAAACUAAACGGAUUAAAAUAAAUAUUUUUUACGCCUACGAAAGUAAAAAAAA